AAGCGGCGGCUGCGGAGGAGAGGCGGCGGCUGCCCCAUGGAGUGUUACUACAUUGUCAUCAGCUCCACGCAUCUCAGCAACGGACACUUUCGCAACAUCAAGGGAGUUUUCCGGGGCCCUCUCAGCAAGAACGGGAACAAAACUCUGGACUAUGCUGAGAAAGAGAACACUAUUGCCAAGGCUCUGGAGGAUCUCAAGGCAAACUUUUACUGUGAGCUCUGUGACAAGCAGUAUUAUAAGCACCAGGAGUUUGACAAUCACAUUAAUUCCUAUGACCACGCUCACAAGCAGAGGCUCAAAGAACUGAAACAGAGAGAAUUUGCUCGAAAUGUAGCAUCUAAAUCCAGGAAGGAUGAAAGAAAACAGGAAAAGGCACUCCAACGUCUUCACAAGCUGGCUGAGCUAAGAAAGGAAACUGUGUGUGCUCCUGGAAGUGGCCCCAUGUUCAAGUCAACAACUGUCACUGUGAGAGAAAAUCUCCAUGAAGUUUCCCAAAAGGAGGCUGGAGAUUCAGCUGAUAAUCAGCAAGAACUAACUCCUAGGGAAGAGAAGGGGAAAGAUGCCACUACAGCUUCUGCCGAAAUGGAAAGUGCAGGUAACUGCACAGCCAGUAAUUGCCAGCUUGGGGAUCAAGCCCAGGGCACCCAUAGACAUAGAGUUGGUUUUUCCUUUGCAUUUCCAAAGAAAGCCUCUGUGAAACUGGAGUCUUCAGCUGCCGCCUUCUCUGAAUGCAGUGAUGAGUCCUCUGCGGAGAAAGAAUCUGGCAGGAAAACUAGAUUUGUUCCCAGCACUUGUCACAUGCAACUAUCAUCACCAACACGUGAGCUUCUCGGCUCUGAAGAGAAAGCUAACUCUUCUUACCCACCAGAGGCCAUGUGUACUGACCAAACAACUCCUCAAGUUGAAGAGAUGAAAGAAACCUUUAAUGAAAAAAUUACACCAUUGACUUCCUUUUGCCAACUUCAACUCCCUGUAUGUUCUGAUACAGAUACCUGUCAAAAUUCAGCACCAUUUGAAGAUCAAAGAUCAAUGGUAGAUGUUAUUGUUAAUGAAGACAUACUUGUGAGUCAAAACAGCCCUGACUUCAUAGAAAAAAAUCCCACUGUGCCUAAUGACUGCACACCAGCACAAACUACCACAGAGAAAAACACUAAGAUUAAUGAUGUGUCCAAAAUGGAAACUGGAGAUAAAAUUGAUCAUGAAUCAUUGAUACCUUCAAAUGCUGCAGAGGAAAACAUAACAUUACAAAAAGGACCAGAUUUAUGUAAAAGACAACGUGACCCAUUUGUACCUGUACUUAACAAACUUGGAUCUUCAGUGCUUCAGUGGCCAUCAGAAAUGCUUAUUUAUACAACUACAGAGCCAUCAAUAUCUUAUAGCUGUAAUCCACUCUGUUUUGACUUCAAGUCCACUAAAUUAAACAACAAUCAACAUAAAAAUAAGCUGACCUUAAAUGACCUUAAUUUUCAACAGAAGGAAGACUUUAGCAAGACACCAGAUGCUGAUUGCAGUGAUGCACCAACUGCAGGAGUCACAAAUGGUGAAAUUAGCAGUAAUAAAAAUGAUCACACUAAAGUUGCUGCUCUUCAGGCUGUCCACAUUCUGUCUAAUUAUGAUUUAGAACAAAAUGAGAACGUGGAUCAGAAGUAUAAAGACAUUUCCUGUAUGAACAGAAAAGCAAACAAAUACAAUUUUACUAGAAAUCAAAUUAAACGGGAUACGCUAAAUGAGAAAUAUAACAAAAGCAGGUUGAAGGAGAUUCAUGAACACUGGUUCCAUAAAAGUAGAAGGAAGAAGAAAAGGAGAAAGCUAUGUCACCAUCACCAUGGGGAGACAACCAAAGAACCUGAAGGUCCCUGCAAAGUGGGAAUAGAUGGCCAGUGCACUGAUGAGUCAAGAAAAGGUUCACAGGAACCAGUUCCUGAGAGCCAGCAAGGGAGUCCAGAGCAACAGGCAGACUUGCAUCAGCUACCUGACGAAAAAGCCAACGCAGAAUCUAUAAAUGUAAACAAAAAUGGAGAAAUGAAUGAAUCCAACAAUGAUGUUAUCAGUUCUCAAAACCAUGAAGGAAGAAACACAAUACUUGUAAAUGGACAAACAAAUCCACCAAUGAUACAUUCUGGGAAACAAAAUCUGACAUAUUCCAGAACUUACUGUAUUUGGAAAGUCAGGACGUCGAACUGUCAAGGGGAUGACAGGGGCUUAGUUCCUCAAAGCGAUGUGAAAGGCCCCAGUCAGAAUCAGCCUGUUAAAAGAGGUUACAAUUCUCUCUUGAAUGAAGCAGAAAGAUAUCAUCGGAAACGCAGACAACACUCAUGUUCUUAUUCAUCUGAUGAAAACCAUCAGAAUCAUUUAGCAGAAGAAUAUUUGGGUCCACCAAGUGCUUCAGCCACUCCCUGUCAGCCGAAGAAGAAACGAAGGAGAAAAAGAAGUCGAUUCCACAUUGGAGGCAGAACUGUGAAAAUCAAAGACAAUUCAGAUUAUUCCAUGAAAAGAAGUUCUUCUUUGAGUCCCUCAGAUGGCUUAGUAAAGGAGGACAAAAAUGACAAAAUAAAACCACAAGAAAACAUAAGUCUGGGGACGAGCUCAGAGCAAACAGAGCACAAAGCGAUGCUACAUCCUUGCAGUCCACUGCCUUCUGAAACCAGUGGCAAAAGUGAGCAUUCGGCAAUGGAGCCUACUCCAUCGGACUUAUCACAGGCUCCAGAUGAUCUCCCUACAUCUGCGCAUGUAGCGAGGGCUGAAUCAAAUGACUCAAGUGACAGUACCUUGCUUGAACACAAUCAAAGAAGCCAGACUACAGUCAGCAAUGAAAAGCAAAUUCCUUUCAAGGUGCCUAAUACUGAAAGGAAAUUUAGAAACUCACAGACUAAAUCAUAUGUUUGCCGUUAUGAACUGGCCGAGACCAUUCCACAGGGAAAGACGAAUGAGACAUCGACAGAGUGGCUCUGUUACAACUCUGGAAUCCUUAGCACGCAGCCACCAUUACCAUUCAAGGAAGCCCAUGUCAGUGGUCACGCCUUUGUAACCACAGAGCAAAUCUUGGCUCCAUUAGCUUUACCAGAGCAAGCAUUGUUGAUUCCAAUAGAGAACCAUGACAAGUUAAAACAUCUGCCGUGCGAGGUCUACCAGCACAUUAUUCAGCCAAACAUGCUAGCCAACAAGGUCAAAUUUACCUUUCCUCCCACUCCCCUUCCCCCUCCAGGCACUCCGGUGCAGCCUUUGCCUUUACAGCGGCCCUUCUGUUCUACCUCUGUUACUACUAUCCAUCACACUGUUUUGCAGCAUCAUGCUGCAGCCGCUGCAGCUGCCGCCGCAGCCGCAGCUGCAGGAACCUUCAAAGUGCUUCAGCCACAUCAGCAGUUUCUCCCCCAAGUCCCAGCUCUCACCAGGGCAUCUAUACCUCAGAUCUCGGUAGGAACUGUAGGACCUAGGCUUUGUCCCGGCAGCCAGCCAGCUCUGGUUGCUUCUCCUCAGAUGCCAAUCAUCCCUGCUUCAGUUCUUCACCCCAGCCACUUGGCGUUUCCACCAUUACCCCAUGCUCUUUUCCCUUCGCUGCUUUCACCCCAUCCAACAGUCAUUCCUCUGCAGCCCCUCUUCUAGUCACCACCAUAAAGAAAAAAGAAUAUAUACGUAAUAUAUAAAUAUAUAUAUGAGUAGGUAUCUAUCUACAUGCAUAAUUGGCUAUUUAACUGGCAAAAUAAAAUGGCCAAAGUUGGCCUUAUUGAUUUCAAAUCAUUUACUAUAAGUGUAAUGAUGCUAAUAAAUUAAUAAAGUUGCUGAUAUAUAAUAUUAUUAAAGCACUGAAUAGUUUGAGAAUCCAUACAAUAUAUGCUGUAUAUUAAAAUGAUGUCUUAAAAGUAUGCAUAAUGUACAUAAAAUAUAUUUAUAGUACUGUAAUUUAUGUUGUAAAGUAUGCUCCUUGUUUUUCUAAUCUUUGUGUAUUUGCACCUAUUUGACGUUUAGACAAAGCUGAUGGCCCUAUUUGUUUUGUAUCAUGUUCCUUGAAUCUGUAAAUUCAGUGAAAUAUAUCUCUUGCAAUAAAU